AUGUCGUUGGCUCUGACGGCGGCCAUUCUGAAUAUUGUCGGCUCGGGGUUGAUCAUCAUCGCCGACGUGGUCAUCCUCGUCCUCUGCUUUCUCUAUCAUCGCAGAUUCAGUGAGGUGGCCAGCGAGAAGAAGUUCCAAGCGGCCCGCGACGCCGCCCAGUACGCGCAGAACCCCGCGCUGCUCAUCUACUUGAUCGGGAAGCAGGUGGGGCUCACCGAGGAGGAGAUGCUGUCCGAGUACGAACGGGACUACGGCGAGAGAAAGCUGAUUGUACAGUCGGUGAUGGGCCGCGAGGAGUCGGUGUGCAACUACUUCCUCAAGCAGUACAUGUCCCGCUUCGUGCAGUACGGCUACGCCGAGGAGGGCAUCAUCAUCACCGCGCUGAGGGAAAUGAUCGCCGCGAAGCCGCCCGAGGCGAAGAAGCCCGAGGAGAAGAAGGAGGACGACAAGCAGAAGAAGACGACCGAAGACAGGCGGACGGAGAUGACACAGGAGAAGACGACCGAGGACAACAAGAAGAAGACCACCGAAGAGAAGAAGACCGUCGACGACAAGAAUGACAAGGACGAUAAAAGACCAAAUAGACCCGCCCUCCCACCCCCAUUGCCUGGAAUUAUCGUGGAAAAUGUC